AUGAAGCCCGAGGUGCUGGCCCUGGCUCUUCUCGCCGUGCUGCUGGCCGUGACGCAGCAGGCCCACGGCGACGGGGCGCCCGUGAAGCUCUGCGGCCGCGACUUCGUCCGCGCCAUCGUCUUCACGUGUGGCGGUUCCCGCUGGAGGCGUCACGCCGACGACUAUGCCUAUGUGCCGGCCGCAGAGAGCGCGGAGGCGUCGCCGUUCGCCGCGGCGGCGGAGGCCCCCGCGCCCGGCGAGCAGGAGGGCGCGGGCGGCAGAGCGGCCGCGCUGGAGCGCCGCGAGGCCGCCAAGCUGCUCACCACGGCCUGCUGCAGCGUGGGCUGCAGCGAGAAGGACAUCAGCGCCCUGUGCUGA